GCCGCAGCGAGCCGCUCACUGGUCAGCCUGGGCCCGGCCAGGGGCGGGGAUUGGCUGAUUGGCAUAAGGUCCCGGGACGGCCAAUCUGGAAGGCUGAGUCGUCCGGGAAGGUGCUGGCUGCGGCGCCGUGGAGUGUGCUCUAUGGACCAUGUGCUGCUAUGGAUGCCUGAAGCACUUGAACUGCAGGUUGGGAAGACGUGGACACCUAAAUGCUGGGCUGGAUUAAGUGCCUGAUGAGGAUGGUGAUUCAGCGAGUUGGGAUCAGCAUGCAGUCGGUACUUUGGUCUGGAAAACCAUAUGGUUCAUCUCGAAGUAUCGUAAGGAAAAUUGGUACCAACUUAUCUCUGAUUCAGUGUCCAAGAGUUCAAUUUCAGCUCACCAGCCAUGCCACAGAAGGGAGUCCUGCCCAACCAGGAGAGGAUGUGGUGGCAUCUUUUGCUGAUGUUGGAUGGGUAGCCACAGAAGAAGGAGAGUGCUCAACAAGACUCAGGGCAGAGGUCAGGUCCAAGUCUCCCCUCGAGGAUGACCUUCCUUGCUUUGAGAAGCCCCCAAGCAGGCACGUUUCCUUACCAAACUUGUCUCAAGAUGAGCACCCUCCAAAGACAACACUGGCCAGUGAGGAGGCCUUGCAGAAGAUCUCCGCACUUGAGAAUGAGCUUGCUGCCCUUCGAGCUCAGAUUGCCAAGAUUGUGACCCUACAGGAGCAACAGAGUCUUGGUGCAGGUCACUCAGAUUCCUCCACAGUAGCACCACCCCCUCCUCCUCCCCCCCCUCCUCCACCUCCCCCACCCCCUCCCCCACCUCUCCACCAAAGUAUGUCUGCUGUUGAUCUGAUUAAAGAGCGAAGAGAGCAAAGACUCAAUGCUGGAAAGACUUUGGUGAAGAGCCACCCAAAGCCGCCUGACAUGCCAAAUAUGCUUGAGAUCCUUAAAGAUAUGAACAGUGUGAAGCUACGGUCAGUCAAGAGGUCAGAGAAAGAUGUCAAGCCUAGGCCAGUAGAUACUGCUGACCCUGCUGCCCUCAUAGCAGAGGCUCUGAAAAGGAAGUUUGCUUAUCGCUAUCAACACAGUAGUCAAGGUGAAGUGGAAAGAGAAAUUCCAAAGCCAGAGUCAGAGGCCACCUCAGAGCCAGCCCUGUUUGGCCCGCAUAUAUUGAAGUCUACAGGGAAAAUGAAGGCUUUAAUUGACUCCUAAUGGACAAUGAGUUCAGAAAGACUCCUGUCUCACCUGUUGGCUUGCAGAGCUGAGUUUGACUAGUAGAAAUCACCAGUAUUUAGUAAAUUCCUGACUGGAGUAUUCAUUGGUCUCCUUAGCCUAAUUAGGAGUAAGAAGUAGUGAAGCCACAGGAGUUGGUUUGACUCUUAUGAGAUGGUCAGUUCUAGAGCUCUCCUUAACACAAUGAUUAUAAUAUGUUUUUAAAUAGGUAGCCAGGCUUUAUCUUCCAGCCUCAAAAGUAUUUGUAGGGCUUCAGGAUACAAACGGGCCAUUUGUGGAUGUUGCUGUGCAUUCUCAAUUCUUAACACUAAUAUCUGUGCAAAUGUUUUAUAUGCACACAUUUGGAUAUAAAACUAUGUAAAAACUCGUUAUGAAUGGCAUCAGUGAGGACACUGUUACCUUCAUCUUCAAGCUGACUGGUCCGUGACGGAACAGCUGGUGUACCCUGCUAUUUGAGUAGAGUACUGGUGGGAAUGCCCGAACAGAACUUAGGAAUGUUCUCACAUUUUCCUCCUCUUGGAGCUGAGUUUACAUAAGCAGCAGCAAAUGUUUACUGCUGAGUUUCUCUAUUGCUUUCUGUUAGAGGAAGUGAGGGCCAGGAAGGCUGCUUAAACCUUAUUGCCACCCAAUACUGGGAAGCAAAUGUACUUCUCAAGUGGUAACAAUCAAAUUAUUGAAUUAAAAUAACUUUGUAAAUAAAAGCCAGAAUGUAUCAUCUUUCUUUUCAGUUUAAUGAGUGGCCUCAUGAAGAUGAUUUAUUGCUAAAUUAACAAUUGUCUUAGUUAAGUUUACUAUUGCCAUGAUGAAACACCAUGAACCAAAAGUAACUUGGGGAGGAAAGGGUUUGUUUCAUUCACAGCUCCAUAGAACAGUUCAUCAUCAAAAGUGGUGAGGGCAGGAACUGAACAGAACAGGAACCUGGAGGCAGGAGCUGAUGCAGAGGCCAUGGAGGGGUGCUGCUUACUGGCUUGCUCCCCUGGCUUGCUCAGCCUACUUUCUUAUAGAACCCAGGACCACCAGCCCAGGGGUGACCCCUCCCAUAGCAGGCUGGGCCCUCCCCAUGAAAUCACUAAUUGAGAAAAUGCCCUACAACUGGAUCUUACGGAGGCGUUUUCUCAUUGAGGUUCCCCCCUUCCUGAUGGCUCUAACUUGUCAAGUGCACACAAAACUAGCCAGCACAACAACACAAAAUGUUAGCAUAACUAAAUUUAUACAUUUUAAAUACUGGUCAACAUAUCCUUUACAAUGAAACAUUACUGAAUAGGUGAAUAGAUUCCCUUUCAGCUGUUUAUCGUCAGCCGACGAAUUGCAUUAUGCAGAUAAACCUUAGGUGUUACUAGAAAGUUGAAAACUGCCUUUAUUAUCUAGGGCUUGAAAGGACUUGUUAUAAUUUAAAGUACUUAAUAAGUUUUCAUGAUUUUUGUGUUUCUAAUAAGCUCAACUAUCUUUAAUAUCAGAAUCUCUUACUUUGAAUAAAUAUUUGGAUUAUUUAAAUCUAGCGACUAGUUGUUCUUCCCAGGAGAAUUAAGAGAUGGGAAGUGUAGAUAGGUAUUUUAAGUUAUUGAAAAUAUGUGUUCUAAAUCUUAAAGAUUGAGCUAUUUUUCAUAGUUUAUUUAGUUUAAAAUGUGGUAUGUUAUUGAUGUAUAUUGUUUAUAAAUGUUUUAUAUGCUUUGAAAACUGUCUUUUAUGAGAUUCAGAAAAUUCACCUGACCACAUAUUUUGACCUAAGAAACUUAUUUAUUCAAUAAUACAAUAUUUAUAUCAGUAUUGAAUUUGGCUAGUAUUCCAAUAUAUGAAAGUUACUAUUUUACAAUAAAGCAACCUGUUGAAUUUUC